AUGAAGUUCUUCGCCCUUGGUCUUCUCUUUGCCAGCUCUGCUAUGGCCGGCCAAAUCCUCUUUUGCAACCAGCAAGAUUGCGGUGGCAGCUGCAGCUUCCAAAGCCCUGCCGGCGACGGAGCUUGCCACCAGCUUGGCGGUAUUUCCAGUGCCAAAGCAACCCAAGUUGAUGGUGGAUGUAGCUUCUCUGUCUACACUGACCCCAACUGCAGCGACUUCGCCACUACUGUUGGUCUUGACAGCUGCGUUGCUGCACCGAUCCUGGGCUCUUUCUCUUACGACUGCUAA